CGGUGACGGCCUCCAUCAUUUUCAGUCUUUGUCGCGGCUCUUUCUAACGCAGUCCCAGGUGACUGGGCUCCAUGCAGGGAUCGCUGGUUGAGGGUCUGUGGCCCGUGUUAUGCAGGAGGCCAGGGGGGAUGUUCAGAAUGGAUCAGCGGGUUUACGAAGACAGUGCACAGAUGUGCUUCUUUGCCCAGCCUCAUGCUUGUUCUCCCAAGGAAAGCCAGAAGGAGAAGCAGCAGCUGUAACUUUUGAUAACAUAGUUUUAAAGCUUUUGUUAGGGUGACAGCGUUAACGUUUUUCCGUUUGGGAUUUUCAGGCGCCAUGACUGAACCGCAGAGUCCCCCCGAGCCACUGGCUGCCGGGGAGAGCCUUGGCGAAAUAGGUGGCACUUUCAAGAUCACCGUCUUCGAGCUGGAGAACUUCCAGGGCAAGAAGCGAGAGCUGACAGAGGAAACGCCGAACGUGACCGAGGAAGCUCUGGAGAAAGUGGGAUCGAUCCAGGUAGAAUCAGGCCCGUGGCUGGGCUUCCAACGCCAGGCCUUCUGCGGGGAGCAGUUCGUGCUGGAGAGGGGGGCCUACCCGCGCUGGGACUCCUGGUCCAGCAGCCACAGCAGCGACCGUCUGAUGUCCAUCCGCCCCCUGCGGAUUGACAGCGGCGAGCACCAAAUCCACCUCUUUGAAAACGCCGGUUACAACGGGAGGAAGAUGGAGAUUGUAGACGACGACGUGCCGAGCCUCUGGGCUCACGGGUUCCAGGACCGGGUGGCCAGCGUCAAAGCACUGAAGGGAACGUGGGUGGGCUACGAAUACCCUGGCUAUCGAGGCCGCCAGUACGUCUUUGAGAGGGGCGAAUACCAGCACUGGAAUGACUGGGACGCCAACCAGCCCCAGAUCCAGUCUGUGCGCCGCGUCCGGGACCAGCAGUGGCACAAACAUGGCUGCUUUGAGACCAGCUGAAGGGGACGCCGGCGUCUUGUGCAUCCACGGCCGGGGAAGAGGAGGAUGACGUGAUUUAUAACUCGCCGUGUUUGUGUCAAAUCUUCUCAAUAAAGCUCAGAGCUGGAGGCU